AUGGUGAGCCUCCCCUUGGGUCUGGCCGUGGACCAUGUGCAUGAGGGAUUGGAAGAGCCCGGGCGGCGGCGUUCCAAGACGGUGGCCGAACAGGCGAAGUUGGCCUUGCAGGCAUUGGAAGCGCAGGCUGAGACACCCAAGAAGACAGCUGUGGACGAGUUGAAAGACUUGACCUUGCGAGCCAAGUGCUCCAGUGCUUUACGGGCCUGGUUUCGGUACUUCGAUAAAGAUCAGAACUACCGGAUUGAUGUGAAGGAGUUCGACAAAGGUCUCAAGGAGUUGAAGUUUGGCGGAGGAAAGGAGGAGUGCUUGAAACUCUGGCAGGCCGAUGGCAUCCGGAAUGUUUGA